GGCCGAGGGUCGGUCGAGUCUUCCUUCCGGUUUUCAUCGGGAGCAGUUCGCUUCGAGUCUCCUUCUCUGCGCCGGCGCUAGCCGCGCGUUCGCUGGUCGGGGCGCCCCGCUUGCCUGCCGCUGCCGACACAACAUCUUUUGGCGACGAGGAUGGGAUUCCCGCUGCGGUUCCGACCGAAGCCCCGGGAAACGAACGAGCUUCGCCCACCUCGAAGCGGCCGGCGGUGGCGACUGGACGGACGCGCGACGAGCGUCUGCGCUCGUCAGCGCUCUCGGGCGUGAGGGACAACGGAAGCACUUUGCAGCCGAGGAGCAGGAAGCAGCAAGGCAGUUAACCAGCGCAGCAUCAGCUUCAAGCGAAGCAGCAAGGCAGUCGACCGGCGCACCGUCAACGUCAAGUGAUGCGGUCCCGCCAGCGUCAGAGUUUCCGAGACUCUUGCAGCGGCUUGACCGGCUGUUCGCCGCGUCAACAAAUGUCCUGGCGGAACGGCACGAAUUCACCAGCAGAAAGCAGUUCGAGGGAGAAGGAUUCCUGGAAUUCGUGACCGCAUUGAAGGAGAAGGCGGUACAGUGCAACUUCGGCACAAGCUAUGACGAGCGCGUCCGAGACCAAAUCAUACAUGGGGUAGCGAACGCCAGCGUUCGCGAAAAGUUAUUGGCUCAUGGCGAAACCCUGUCCCUGGACAAGGCAGAAGAAAUUGGAUGCUCGUUAGAAGCCUUGCAUCGAGUGAACCGCGCGUUCGGCUCCGGAAAUGUAAGAAGAAUUGAGGCAUUUCAACUUGGCGUUCCGUCGACGAGCCAAGAUGGCCGACUUCUUCCGGGGAGCCGCCAAGAUGGCCGACGUAGUCCGGGAGGCCAUGAACACGUCCGACUUCUUCCGGGAAGCCGCCAAGACGUCCGACUUCUUCCGGGAAGCCGCCAAGACGUCCGACUUCUUCCGAGAAGCCGCCAAGACGACGGACUUCUUCCGAGAGGCCGCCAAGACGACGGACUUCUUCCGAGAGGCCGCCAAGACGACGGACUUCUUCCGAGAGGCCGCCAAGACGACGGACUUCUUCCGAGAGGCCGCCAAGAGGGCCGACAUUUCGCACAUGGCUCCUCCGGGAACCGUGGUGCAUGCGAUCGGUGUGGCAGCACGAAACAUAUUGCCACAUACAGGAAUUGUCCCGCAAGGAACCGGCGGUGCAACGCCUGCCACACGUUGGGCCAUUUUGCAUCAGUAUGCCGAAAAACCCGUACUGUUCAGCACGUCUCUUCCACAGAGACGCUGUCUUCAACUUCCGCAGGACAGCCGUCCGCGUCUCUCGUGACGGUAAGCGCUUUUGAAACUGAAGAUUUGGAAGUUCCGGUCGUAGUUAACGGCGUCUCCAUGCGACUGCCGGUGGAUACGGGAGCGUCUGUCUCAUUGAUGACGGCCGAAGAUAUUGGAAAGCACUAUGGUCGACAGCCCAGACUGUCACAAACAGUGGACUUGAAAAAUUUCUCCAAGCAGCGCAUCGACAUUCAAGGCCUGUUUCAAGCCACUGUCCAGUUUUUUCAAAGGUCAUGCUCCGUCACGUUCCACGUAACGACUACAGGAACAUCACUGCUGGGUUUAGACGCCAUCCAACGCUUGGGCAUACAGAUCGACGGUACGUCGCUGACAUGUCUACCAUCACUUCCUUCAGUACAGAGCCCCACAAGUGUGCCUCCGGGUUUUGAUCACCUUUCCAGUGACGAGUUGGGUCUCGUCAACAACUUUGUGCACCGAAUUCAUCGGCAGCAAGAUGCGAAACCAGUAUCUUCAAAGUUGCGCCGACUACCCCUGGCUCUCCGUGACCAGGUCACAAAUGAAUUGCGACGUCUCGAGGACUGCGACGUCAUCGAGCGCGUCGACGCUUCUGAGUGGGUGUCUCCACUCGUGGUGGUGCACAAGAAGGAUGGAACCAUGCGGCUCUGUGUAGAUUCACGGGAACAGGACAGUCUUGUAUCUCAAGUUCAAGAAAGGGUCUUGCAGAAACAGUAGCAGACCAAACAGUACGUAGACAAACGUAGAGGUGUUCAGGCAACUCGUGUCAAGGUGGGAGACACCGUCAGAAUUAGAUUUAACAGGAAAGGAAUUUUUAAGUGCAGUAAACCUCGUAAAGUCAAGGCCCAGAUAGGACCAUCUACUUUUCUACUCAGUGAUAGGAAGACGUAGCAUGUGUCUAAGUUAACCCUAGUGAUAAAGGAUUCCGCAGGUAGUACAUUGUGUACAAAUGAUAGAGACUUUUUGUACUCAUAUUCAAACUUGGAUAGUCAUUCCGAUGACUCGUCUGUAGUGACAUCGUCUUCUUCAUCAUCAUCAGUUAAGUAGCUUGUCUGACUGUAUCACUUCCGAGUCUAUGCAGUCAGCAGUCAUCUCUGAUUCCAUGGGGGAUCGGUAGCCUCCCAGGACUUGUUGGGACGUCGAGAGGAGCUUCCUGGGCAACCCUCUCCAGCUUUGAGCAACAACCACAUUCAAUUGUCCAACCAGGGGGAGGGAAAUAGUAGUGGGACGACUGGGUCUUUAAAGUCGACCGAUACGCGUCGCAACCCCCAAAGUUCUUCUGAGGUACGCACGCGUCCUCAUCGUGACAGGAAACGGCCUCCGUGGCUCGAUGAUUUUGUUUAUGCAGUGUAGAGCGCAUUGCCGUCUUCGAAAUGCCACGGCUAGGGGCCUCGCUGCCACAUUUAGGAGACAGUCCACAUCUUUCAUUUACACGGUAUAAAGUGUUCCUUGUUGCGGUGCAGUGAGUUUUGUGCCGUGUUCCUUGUUGAACUUUGUUUGAGUGACUGCCUGUGUUUUGGUGCCCAAGACUGGUGCGCGUGUAUGUGAACUUGGGCGGGGACGGAUUGAAUUUGUUGUGGACUUAAGUGCGUGCUUUGUGUGAAACUGGUGCGCGUGUGUGAACAUGGGGGGGGGGAAUGAACUGAAAUCACCUUUGGACUUAAGUACGCGUCUAGUGUGCGCGUUUCACUAUGUUUACUUUGUUUCCAGGGGGGGUUCAUGUAGUAUAGUGUCGCCCCCUGUCAGAUCUAUGUGUCAUCGUACAUGUAUGUUUUCUAGUUGUUUAGCUAGAUAGCGCACCCCCCUUCUGUCAUGUGACGAACAUUGGACCAAUAGGGAAGUGUCAUCUGGCGUGUGAAACCUUUUUAAGAAUAAACGGCCGAGGGUCGGUCGAGUCUUCCUUCCGGUUUUCAUCGGGAGCAGUUCGCUCCGAGUCUCCUUCUCUGCGCCGGCGCUAGACGCGCGUUCGCUGGUCGGUGCCCCCCGCUUGCCUGCCGCUGCCGACACAACAGGUGUCAUGAUAUGUUUUCGAAAUUCUGAGUCCUUCAUUCUUAUCUUCACUGAUGCUUGAACAUUAAUCUCCUGCAGCGUCUUCCCAGCCUUUUGGGCAAUGAACUAACGAAGCUUGGGGGGUCGUGACGUUUUCGGGUAAAUCAUACUUGGCAUCUUCAUGCACUUCACACGUUGAAGAAUACAAUGACGUUGCGCGCCUCUGGCUAUACUCAGCGUUAUCCACAUAAUAAAGGCUUGUAUCCUGUCAUAGACUGGGCCAAUUGAACAUUCCCUGACAAGCGCGCACAGAACCAAAGCACGAUCUCUUUAAUCUUCUUCCUCUUCUUCCCCGCGUUCCCACCAGACCUCUCAUUUGUCACCUCAGCCCACUACAAUAACAAUACCAGGUUUCCACGUAACUCGAAUUUUCUACUGCCUAUGGUUCAUUCUAACUAUUUAAAAAUGACAUCAUCAUUCGCUGCUAUAAAACUGCAGAAUGGCUUAACCAACACCUUUACCUCAUCAUCCUUUCAUGCAUUUAGUCGUGCCAUUAAGGAUUUUUAUUUGUAUAACUAAGUUUGCUUCAUUAAUUACACUACAUUUGCCAUUUGUUUGUAUUGACGGCUGUUUUUUAUGUAGUCUAGGCUUGCAUACAGACAAUUUGUUUUAGUUAGCUUAAUUUAUAUAGGUUGUAUUUUUGCGAUUGUAUUUGUUUGCUUUAGUUCACUUGCUCAUCUUUAACAGUUCUC